GCAUCGCGCGUAGGAUUCAGUGAGUUACGGUGCAGUUUCGGCACAAUUACGGUGCAAGUAAGGGCCCCACAUUGUGGACCGCUCGUCGUUCACCACCUGUCGGUGGUAAAUCGCGCGUUUUAGAUAGCGUAUGGUUGAAGUGGCAUAGGUGGUAGGGGAACUAGAGACGGCACCAUCGCAUGUGUGCAUGGCCUAGAAGUUCCACAUCAACCAUCAUCACCGUCGUCCUGCGACCGUCCAUGGCAGGGCAGUUGUUUCGCACAGCUGUACUUUACGCCGGACAGCACAAUUUAGGUCAUUUCCAGCUGCGUUGAAUAGAACCCACCUCCCGAAGAUGUCUAAUAAUACGCGCGACGGUAAUGAAAAUUUCUGGCCACCAAACCAGCAACCACCACCGCACCAUUAUCCGCAUCAUCCGCAGCAACAGCAUCACCAGCACCACCAACAACUGCAUCAGACACUGUUGCAGCAACCGGUGGUGCCGCAGCUGCUCCCUCAUCCGCAGCAUCUUUCGUACGCUGUGCCGCUGCCGUCCGCUGCUGCAGCAUUCUAUCAUAACGCGACCGGUAUGGUGGAUAACUAUGGCGCAACCGGAACCGGAUAUUCAAUGCACCAUGGUACACACCAACCGAUGGAAGACGAGUACACCGAUACUUAUGGGCAAUCGAUUAAAGUGGUGUAUCAACCGCAUCAACAACAGGCUGCAGCUGCUGCUGCUGCCGCCGGUAUGAUGCCUUGUGCGCAGGAAGAUGCGAAUCAAAAUCACACCGUUCAGGACAAGCAAGGCUAUGAGCUGUUUUCAAACAAUAGCAGCUUUGUGCUGGCUGCUCCGGGGUUCGGAUUUACUUUACACAGUCCGCAGCAACAACAACAGCAGCAGCAGCAGCAACAACAACAACAACAGCAACGAACACAGCAGCUGCAACCACCCCAACAGCUGCCGCAAUUCUCCAUCUCCACUGGUCAAGCAGCAAUGUCUGCUGGCUCUGCAUCACUCAGAAGCCUUCCAGCUUCUGUACCAGCCACAGCAAAGCAUUCAUUGGAAAAUGGUAGCAGCAACACCAGCACACUGAUCAGUCAGCUCGUGGGAAACUGGGCUCCUACGAUUUCCGGCACGUACGGUAACGGACCAUCGUCCAAUCAGGCAAACGAUGUACCAACCCAAUCGAUGGUUGCUGCGACGCUAGAAGACGCCAGCAGCAAGGGUACCAUGUCACCCACCAAGACAGUAUCAUCGAAACCUGUCAUUAAUCCUGUCCCACCGAACGUGGUUGGCUCAGGUUCUCAAUCGCACGGUUCAUCUUCGAGUGGUUCCCCGACCGUUUCGAUGCCCCGCACAAACACAAACGUAGCCACUGCCGUUUACAACCAGCAGAACGACGAUAAUUCGGCCAAGCUCGAUCAGAACGUAAACAAGAAGCAGCGUAUUGUUGCCGAAGUGAAACCGAUGCGUAUGUCGUAUUCCGAUGUGUUGAGCAAGAAUGUUCCUACCGGGGGUAAUGCUUUCGCUUCCAAUACUGUUGCGAGUGCCAUGUUAAAUGGGGACGUGAGCAAUGUUCUACCGUCGACGCUCGGUAAUGGCACUAAAGCAAUGGCCAGCAGCAAUGGUACAAAUGGAGGCAAAUCAAAACGAGAAUCUAAAAGGACGAACACAAACGGAGAUCGUAAAUCGACGGGAAGCACUGGAACGGCCGGGGGUCAUCAGAAGGACCGAUCAGGAAUCGAUGGAACUACACGCAAGGCGAAUGGUGCUGGAAUUCGAACGAUCUCCCCAACACAGGCGAUGGAUGGAGGAACAAAAGUGGACAUAAGUGCUGGGUCGGGGUCGGGUCAGGAAAAGGGACGUAAAAACGAAAAGGCUAAUAUCGGUAAGAAGGAUAAGAACUUCCGCGCUGGUACCGAAACACUUGACGGAAGCACUUUGUCCGGCAAGAAAGGUAAAACGGCGCAUCUGAACGACGUAACGGAGGAAAUGACUGGAUCGCAGAACAACCGGAACGAUGUUCGCGGACCGUUGACAAAUGAUGAAAUCGAGGAAGAACGUGGCGAAGAUUACGAUGAGUAUGAUUCGGACGAGUACGAUCAAGAUAGUUUCGAUUCUUCGGAAACGAUCGGACAGCAGGAAGGUGGGCACCCGGAAGAUGCAAGUGGCCAGGAAGAGGAGCUUCCAUUCGUGUAUAAUGUGAAGAAAAAUACAAACGGCACGAAUGAUACACAUAUCGAAAAAAUUAACCCACCACGAGCAGCGGCGACGUAUCGCAAGGGAGGCCGCAAUGCCGGGCCGCGUGGUGCCGGAAAGCAGCUGGAUAAAAUGGCCGGUAAUCCACCGGCAGGGAAACGUUCGGUACGAGCACGUAAAAACCAUAAGUACGCUUUCCUGGAGAAGCUGUUCCGGAAGUGGCUGGAGUACAUGGGGCUGGCGCUGCACUGGUUGUGGUCGCUGGUGAGCGAUGUUGUGUACCUAAGCGUACGACUCGCCUGGGACUAUGUGCUUUCCGGGUAUCAGUAUUGCUGGCAGCAUGUGUGCACGAUACGGCAAGAUUUUGGUAAAAAUUCUGGUCGACCCGGAGCCUGGUUUCGACGCGGCUGGCAAUCGUUCGAUGGACGCUUUGCGAAGGAUUCGAAGUGGGCGUUUUGGCGACGUUGUCGCAGACAGAAGCCUGUUGAACCGCCCGGUAACAAACCGACACCGUACCGGGAUGGACGGCUUCCAUCAACCGCGGAUGAAGCGAUGUCCUCGCUGCUCAACUGCAAGGGUAAGGACGCGUACAGUAUUUUGGGCGUAAGUCCGGACUGUUCUCAGGAGCAGAUACGGAAACACUACAAAAAGAUUGCCGUGCUGGUACACCCGGACAAGAACAAGCAGCCGGGCGCGGAAGAAGCGUUCAAGGUUCUGCAACGGUCGUUCGAGUUGAUCGGUGAGCCGGAAAGCCGCAAGGAGUACGACCAGAGCCUAGCCGAGGCACUGAACGCGGAGAAAGCAUGGUCUGAGAUUAACGAUCUGUUGACGCAGCUGCACACGAAGAUAUCGGAAGCCGCCAACACAAUACGAUGUAGCAGCUGCUGUCUACGCCAUCCUCGUAAACCAACCGGAAGAGCACAUUAUGCGGCCAGAGAGUGCAGCUCGUGCAAGAUCCGUCAUCCGGCACGAGAGGGCGACAUAUGGGCUGAAACGAGUUUCUUCGGAUUGCGGUGGAAAUAUCUCGCGAUGAUGGAGGGUAACGUGUACGAUAUCACGGAAUGGGCCAAUUGCCAGAAGGGUGCCUUAUCGCACCUGCAGCCCAACUCGCAUAUUGUGCAGUAUCGCAUCGUGCUUGGCAGUAGCUCCCAGCAGCAACAGCAACAGCAACAGCAACCGCAACAUCAGCAAGGCCAGUCGCCGGACAAGGACCAGAUUGGACGCUCACGCAAGGAACCGGGUGCAAAUGAGCCAAAUUUGGACGAUUUUCUAAACAACAUUUACGCCGGCCAGAACCAGCAAGCAUCGUCUCAGAACAGCUCCUCUAGGCGACGCUAUCGUAGAAACUAAGACCCGGUAAUCCCACAUGCAAAGUAGCAUUUGUUUUUUUGUUUUUCUUUCCUCGCAAACCAUACUCAAUCUCCACUAUGGCGAAUCAUAAUCCCUUUUUGGCCCUUCGGCAGGGCAACAAUCCAUUUCGCGUGAAGGUACGUCCGCAAUUGGAAAUUGUAAUAGCAGUACGAGUGCUCCAACAAUCUCUUCAUACAAUCACUCCCUCAAACCCGUCGGCUUUAAUUAAAGAUUCGAUGCUUUCGUCUCAACCGGGCUUUCCGUUAGCAAAACAAUUCUGGAUAACACAGGCUUUUGGUAAAGAUGUUUGAUGGCAAAAUUUGAAUACACAAAACGUUGCAGUACAAAACCCGAUCGAAACAUGUAAUUGAUGGUAGCGAGCCAUUGUGGGUCGCAAGCAUCAUGGUCGAACAGUAUGUGGGAACUUAACAAAACUUAAAUUCAAUUAGUGCGUUUUGAGACAAAUUUAAUAUGAGUAUCGAUGUCUAUCAAACCGAUUCGAUCACCGUUCGCUAACGGAAUGAACAAAAUUAACUCACUAACUAAUCCACGCAGCAAGUGUGGAGAAUGCUGAAAUUAAAUGAUUGUUAUUAUAUGCCAUGAUGUGCAUAUAAGCGUAUCAAUAUGUAACCACUUGAAUAAAUUUACCAACCCAAUCCGGACAUGUCGAUACAGUAGUAGCUGCAAAGCAAAUGAUUGAAUAAAUAAAUGUGUUCUGAA